GCAAAAAAGUAGUGUGACACGAUAACAAGCUGUAAGGAGUAGUUAGCUAGCCAGUAUUGAAGCGGCAACAGUGUUAACUUAUCUUGAGGGCGCUCAAAUUUUGAGCGAUUAGUUAGUUACUCUCCUCGUAGCAUUAACUUCACAGAUAUGAUAUGGCCAGGACUAAUUGGGGAUUACGAAAGUUUUAAAAUAAUAAACACCUUUGCUAACAAGCAGGGCGACGCACAUGUAAAUGGAUCGUAAUGCAGUCUUAAAGCUAGUGAACGAUAGCUACAGUAGCUAACUAGUCGUGCUAAAGCUGUUAGCAACAAACUGUGUUCCGCGCGCCUACACAAGUAGGUUAUCUAAUGUGGCGGUCUAAGUCUGGCAGUGUUUGGUUACUUGGGCAAACUUGAUGACCCCAUCGGUGCAGUAUUCAGUAGUGCUCCUGUUAGCUGGUGUUCAUUUAGGGUUCAGACUAAUAGGUGCUUUGUUUUUCAUUGUGUUUCGAUUCUUCGUAUUGGUGGCGCAUCGAAUUUGAAAGGAAACUUAACAGAUGAACUUAGAGACUUUGUUGGUCAUCUUUGACAGCCAUGUCAUCAACAUCCCAAAAGCACAGAGAUUUUGUGGCCGAGCCCAUGGGUGAGAAGUCAGUGAUGGCUCUUGCAGGCAUUGGGGAGGUCCUUGGCAAAAGACUGGAGGACAAAGGUUUCGACAAGGCGUAUGUUGUCCUUGGACAGUUUCUAGUGCUAAAGAAAGAUGAGGAGCUUUUCCGGGACUGGCUGAAGGACACUUGUGGGGCUAAUUCCAAACAACAAGGUGACUGCUGUGGCUGUCUUAAAGAAUGGUGUGAUGCCUUCCUAUAAAACACUCACUCAUUGUUUUCUGCUUUACAAAUCCAAACUCCAUCAUACACAGGAAUGAGCACUGUAGCCACUGAGGUUUAUUUACAUCAGCUUGUUUUAAAUUACACUGAAAGCUGUUAGUGUUUUUCUGAGAUCCCACGAUGCCCCCACCCCACCCCCAAAAGAACAAUUCACACACACCCUUCCCGUGAUCUUUGACAGGUUUGGUGUAGACUGAUUUCCAAUGUCUUCUUUCUCUAAAUUGCUGUUAUAAUCACAUUGUGACAUUUAUUGUAACAUUUACUCACUGUCAGUAGCCCCUUUCUUUUUUUUUGACUUGUCAUAGUCAAAGGCUUAACUGAUAAUAUUAUUGAUGGCUGUGACACCAGGACACCUAAAUGUAAUGUUGCCUUUAUUCGUGUUGUUACACCCAACGUUUGACAAGUCAAAUUGUCUGCUGUCAGAAGUGUCUAACAAGGAUCUGUAUGGGGGGGGGAGUCUUACUCAUUCUGUACCUUCUAUUUAAGGCCAAAUUUUAAAAUAAUCGUUCACUGCUGAUUGUGUUACUGAGAAUUGACAUUUUUAAGCUCAGUGUUGCCUGCCAGUUCUUUUUUUGAAACAUUUUACCUUCAGAAAAGCUUUGCGUUUCAGUUCAGAACACGUUUUUCUUUCUGUGUAAUGUGAGUGUGACCAGUACAAUCCAGGCUAAUGUUUGUACUCUCCUUCAACUCUUGGGCUUCCUGCCCUUUGCUCUGUUUUUAAAGCCCUUGCAAAGUUGAUAUAAGCUGCAUUUUUUUAAUACCAUAUCACAGUUUAGUAUCAUGUACACUUCCCCACCAACACUGUUUAAAUAAUUUCUUGAAGAGGCACAUUGUCCAUUUGUUGUCUUGCAUAGGAUCUGAUUGAUGUGUGAUACAUAAUUAAAGCGCUAACCUAAUGUGACACAGGUUUGUGCAGAGACGGAUUUUUUUUUUAACAUUUUGAUUCUGAAAUAAAGAAGAAAAAUGAUUCCCGUCUUGUGAUCUGCUCAGAGCUUGUUGGACCCUGAAGAUGAAAGUGUUUGUAAAUAAAGUUGCUGAUGUAACAAACUCGAA